ACGUGCGUCGGGACGGUGUUCUGCGCGCGUUCUCUAGCUCCUUGUAUGAAUGAAAUUAUUAAAUUACGUGCGAUUUAUUUUUUUUUUGCUCAUUACAUAAGCCAUUUGAAAUGUAAGGACGUGUUGGAAUAGUGUAGUUUUUUACGAGGAAGGUUGAGAAAAAUUUAAAUAAGUCAAGAAAAUCUGUAAAAAAACUAUCAGGAUAAUUUAUACCAAACGUUGAACUGUUUUCAGCUGUCUACAGAUGAGCUUGCAACACAAGUCUACGAGAAUGGCAUCGGCACGUGACACUCAGUCUCUGCUUUAGGGAGCCAGUUAUCUCAGCUCCUAUUGCCUGCUCGCCUCACAGUGCUAGGCUGCACCUUGCUCGUAUCUAGGAAGUGCGAUCAUAGUCAUACAGAGGUGCUCGGCAUGUACUUCCUGGUGAGGGAUAAUUAUGUUCUUUAUCCUUGGCGACAAUGAGUUGCGGAUUGCGUUUAGGGAGAAGACAAAAACAUGUCGCUUCAUAGCAAGGAAGACCGGCCCGUUAUACUCAUAGCGGCCUAGGUCGCUUUGCCCAAAUCACUUGAAUUCUCUUAGACGAUUGGCUUUGUCACCAUGGACGCCAGCAAUGAGUUUAAGGUCUUCCUCCCGCCCUCAAGUGGUUCCUCGAAGACAAAAAAAGGUUCAGAGGAGGGUGGGAGUGGCAGCAGUGGAGUGAGGCAGAGGCUUGUGCCUGUCAUUAACAAGGUGUUCUCGCCCUCUCACUUCAUGCUGGCACAGAGGAAGACCACUGUGUACAAGGCGGUCUCAGGUGUCUCUUUCCAGGAUAUAGACGUCGGGGGGAAGAAAAAAUCUACUGGCAAGCGAGACAAGAAAAAGCCUAAUAAGAAUGAUCAGAUCUACUCGGCGGGUAGUGAAGGCGAGAGAUCCCUGCCGAGUAGCAAGAGCAACAGGUCAGUGCCAAGUGGGAGCAGUACCAAGGCUUCCCCUGAAGGCAAGGGUGAAGCUCGUGGUGAGCCGAAGAAGCAUCGUCAUAGCAUCGGCAGUCAUACGGAGAGACCAUCAACCUUUCUCAGCGAAAAUUUAGAAAGAUUUGGCUUUGGCUCAAGUGAGAAGAAGAGUCGUGUGAGGUCAGUUUCAAGAACACGUAGCACGAGUGCCACUGAUAAUCACUAUAUUACAAAGACCACUGAAAUUAGCAUUAACGAUCCUCCAGAAAAGCCACGAAGAUCACGAUCAGCUUCACGCCCACAUAGGUCUGGGUCAAAGGUGUCAUUACCGUCGGGUAAGAAGACCAACACCAGUAUGGAAACUGCCUGCAACUUCAUUGACACAAAGAAGCAAGAGGAUUGUCAUACACAGAAGGGAAAAAAUCAUCAGAAGGCUGAAGGAAACACCCAUAAAGAUGGGUCAAAUCAUCAGGCUGGGGGAAGCGAAAAAAACAAUGACUGUGAAAUAGAUGACGAAGAUGCCUAUGGCCGCUGUCGUGCAAGAAAAUCUGACAGGAGUGGAAAGUCAGACAACUCUGGUGUCAGGAGCAAAACGGCGCCCAGUAAGCAUACAAAAGAUGAAAAGAAGAAUGAUGACGAAGAACCAGAAGGUGGGUACUUCAGCUUGGAAAAGGAAGAGAAAGGUGGUAAUGAAAUCAAAUUCAUCUACGAGGCGCUGCCAACAAAUUCAUGUGAUGAGUAUGUGGAGAAUGACCAAUGUGUGGAGGCCAUCUACGUGUGCCAGGUGUUCAGGAAGGACACUGACAAUGAGGAUGACGAAGAUGAGCACAUCUACGAGAACUGCCAAGUGAUUAGGAUGACAAAGGACGGGAAGUUGAUUAAUGACGACGACGAAAACUAUGAAAACUAUCAGAUUAUCCGUCGUGUGAAAGACGAGGAGCUGCUUGAUAUACCGGUGAAGGCGACAGAUGUAAACAAGCAAGACGAAGAACUAUACGAGGCCAUCAGCUUCGUGGGCCAAAACCCUCUGGCCUUAACACGAAUGACAGCCACACAAGCUAGGCUUAAGAGGCAAAAAGAGAGCCUGCGUCCUCUUGGCUCCAUCGAUUCCAUCCCUUUCAUCGAUGAUAGUGACAACUCAGCAGAUGAGAAUGAAUGCAGAAACUCCGUGUCUGUAGACUUGGUUCCUCAAGGUAAUGUCACUGUUAUUACCAUUAAAGAAGGCGAUGGUAUGGAAAUUACGCAGAAGGUAACCCCUCUGCGAACAAAGCCUCUGCAGCUUCGUCCCCAAGAUGGGCCCCAGGAUCCGCCAAUUGAAGCUAAUAACGACGUUAACCUGCCCAAAGAAAGAUCAGAGGGAACAGAAAGCAAUAGCGGAGAGAUGUCUAAAGUGACGCUCUCGGAGACUCUGACACCUAAACGACCAACCAGGUACUCCUACCCUGCAGUCUCGCCCUUUAUUCCGAAAUUGUGCGAUAAAAUCGGCUUCAAGUUGGCAAGAUUUUCUUCCCCUAGUGAGGAGGCAGGAAGGCCAGUGAAUUCGGAUGUAGGGAGUAAAGUUGAGGUGAAAGUGAAGAAGAGCAUGAGUCAUAAUGAUGUACAGACUCACCUCAAGAAUAAAGGCAGUGUGGUGGUUCUCUCUGAAUCCUUCUCCGACGAUGAUAUCAGACAGAAUGAGGAAUUUGAAUCAUUCUCUGAAACAGACUCUGAUCUAGAUAAUCUGGAUUAUGACAUGUUCGCCCCAAAGACAGGGAAGGCUGGUGGACAUAGAUCCCCUCUCAAGAACAAGAAGAAGCCCCGGACAAGAUCACUUUCUGCAUCGCAUGCAAGUCCCAGGAUAUCCAUGCCGAACAGAAGAUGCUCUGACAUAAGUGGUAUGUGCCCAGUAGGUGACUCUGAUGCCCCAAGUGAUCUCCAGUCGCCCAAGACCUUUCAGGACCUUCUUGGAGACAGGUACCUAAACCCACCAGAGACUGAAGUGGACUCCCAGUCUGCAGAUGGGUUAAGGCUGGAAAAGAUGGCUCCUUUGAUGAUUCGGGAGACUAGUGAAAUCGCUGUGCGGGGUCACCGUGAUGUGGUGUUGAGUCCCGCUAGUACUAAGAGCACAGAGAUUCAAGCCGGAGACCAGGUCAUUGUCGACGACACCCUCUCCUUUACAUGGUCCGAUGCAGAGAGUGAGUUCGAAUUCAUAGAUUUUAACAAAGUGGAACCACCGAAGACUUGUGUGGUGUUUCACGGAGUUACAGUAGUGUCCAGUGUCGACGCCUCUGCUGCCACUGACACCACCACCACCACUACUAGCAGUGGCAGUGCCACCGUCAGAACGGAGAGAAAGCAUGGAUCCUCUGUUAAAAGGGCACAAAGCAUGAAAGUGGUUGGCGAGCGUGUGACGUGUCGGGGUGAAGGGAGCCUCCGGUGGGAGCCGCUACUGUGUGUUCUACCAGAGGGACUGACAGCUUCGCAGGGGGGAGGACUUAUGAGAAGUGUAAGUGGUGUUAGUAUCCGUCGCAGUGUUCGAGUUGAAGGCAGCCGCUACACAUCCACUGGAGACACAUCGGAAGCGAACCUCAAGGACCUACUUGAUAAUGCAGGUGUGGUGGCAGGUGUGCAACAUGCAGGAAGAGGCUCCGCACCGUCUUCACCACAACUGGCAGCGUCACGGUCAGCCGACUCUACUCCUUCCAAGUUUAAUAUCUUCUUGAAGCUAAAAGGGAAGACCGGGUCAAGCGUGAAGUUGACGGGCAAGUCCAGCUCAAAGACUGAUAAACCGGCCAAAAAUCCAGAAGGCUCGACAGAGAGCAACGAUGGCAGCUUCGCCUUGGGUCGGUGCCGCUCCCACGAUGACAUCCAGAGUCCCAGCCGCCCGCCCGACCACGAUGCCCUCUACUCCCCUCUACACGACCGAACGAGAAGUCAACAGAACCAGGAUGAGACGAGACGAACAGAGAACACCCUCAAGAUUUGGAUCAUGGAGGCCAAGGGUAUCCCAAACAAGAAAAAAUACUACUGCAUACUCAAUCUGGAUUCAUCACAGUAUGGACGUACCUGUUCCAAACAAAAGUUGGACAUGUGUUUCUGGGGGGAGUACUUUGAGCUAGUUCCUCCUCCACAGGUCUCUACCGUCUGCAUAGAGCUUAUGAGAGAACCAGACAAAAGGUCCGCAAGUAAAAGAAUAGGGACAGUAGAAAUUUAUUUAAAACCGUCCAGUCCAGGGCGAACCGCUCUGGAGGAACAGUGGUAUCCAGUAAAGGGUGAUAAGCAAGAGAGAGAAGUACCUGCUCUAAGAAUCAAGCACAGAUUUCAGUCUGUGGAUAUAUUGCCUCUGCCUCAAUAUGGUUCCUUUCGUCAAUACCUCAAAGAAAAUUCAACAUCUCUCUGCCAGUUACUGGAGCCUGUUGUAUCUGUCAAAGCAAAGGAAGAUAUUGCAACAGCUCUCAUUAAUAUCAUGCAGGCAGAAAAAUGUGCUAUCCCUUUCCUCGUCAACCUUGUUUUUACAGACAUCCAGCGAAUGGCCGAAAAUGAGCAUCUCCUCUUCCGUGGAAACAGUGUAGCCACAAAGGCCAUUGAAGCAUACAUGAAGUUAGUUGGCGAGCAGUAUCUUCACGGCACCUUAAGAGAGCCUGUUCAGGCUCUUAUUACAGCAGCAGAGGAUCUAGAAGUCGACCCUCUCCGAAUUACUAACAUUCAGUCUCUUCAGGCUCAACGAAAUGCUCUGAAACAACGUGUUUCUGCUAUAUGGGAGAAGAUUCUUCAGUCUGGUCGGAAUUUCCCUGUGGAACUGCGGAAUGUGUUCCACACACUGCGAGAGAGACUCUCUCACCAGGAGAAAUGCGAACUGACCGAUAACCUCAUCUCAUCAUGCGUAUUCCUCCGGUUCCUUUGUCCUGCUGUGCUCUCACCGUCACUCUUCAAUAUAACUAAAGAGUACCCGGAUGAGCGUGCUGGAAGGAACCUGACACUGGUGGCAAAGACACUUCAAACCCUAGCCAAUUUCACCAUAUUCCAGGGAAAAGAAAACUUUAUGGAAUUCCUGAAUGACUUUAUAAAUAAGGAACAGGAUCGAUGCAGAAGUUUUCUGCGAUCAAUCUCGAGUACUUCUACUGAAGAAGACAGCACUCUCGAGUUUGAUGGCACGAUUGAUCUGGGGAAGCAUCUGGCACUUCUCCACCUACAUCUUGCUGAUGCACUUGCCAAAAUAAAUACCCAGGGUUACGAGAGCGAAGCUAGCAGGGUUCUUGCUCUCGUUGAUGACAUCAGUACCCUAUUGGGUGGAGACCACAAUGGAGCACCUCUUGUGUCACGACAAGCGUCUACACAUGCCCUAGUGUGUACCCCACCUCUUGUGUCCAACCCAUCACUCAUGGCUACACCCACACACAUCAGUAACAAUUACAUGAGAGAAGACUGUGUGGAUGGUUUAGUAGAGAGUCCACUGAGGGGAGGAUUGAUUGGGGGAGUUACUGUCGGCAUGGGUCUUCCGCCCACCGCCACACUGAAGUCACAGUCACUUCCACGAGCUGUAACUCCAGUCUACUCCCAACACCAGAUGGCCAGUGGGAGCCCUGGGCCAAAUUUCUAUCGACAGAAGACUGCAGCAAAUGAUCUAUCUACCAAUGAUGAAUACGUUCUCAUAACAGCAUUUGACCAUCGCACUGAACCACAAAACUAUAUGUGCCCCUCUAUAGAAGCAAAUAACAACAAUACACCCUUGACUGAUGUGCGUCUCAGUAAUGGAAACACAUAUUAUAUGGCGGAAGUAGCCCCACCAGAGUCUCCUCUACGACAAAGUGGCUCACCAGGACUUAAUCAUCCAGGAGUUCUUCACCAGCCCAUACGUGGCCACCUACAUGCUUCCCACCAACCACGUCUACAUCCCAGAGCCACAACCAUGUCUACAAGAAGCCAUUCAUUGAGUGGAGUUACACCAGUCGGUGAAAGGCGUGGGUUAUAUCAAGACGAAUGUUCAGAAUUAUACAGCUACAUGGAUUCAUGCUCACACCAAAUACAUGCUCUCUGCAUGGACAGUGAAAAUAAUAUUCAGGGAUCUCAAACAUCAAUCUCUCAGCUUUCAAAUAUUGCAUCCUCAGGAUACCAAAGCUUUGCAUAUUCGCAAUCAUCAUCCCCAGUUGACUCUCUUUUGCAUACGGAUAAUUCCAGUUUACUGUCGCGUGAAAAUGGAAAUCCAGGAUUGCCUGGUCUCAGACAAAUUCUACAUGGAUCCCCACUAGCCUCACCCUUGCAUCAUCCAGCUGCUUCCAAGCAUCGUGCUGUGGCAGUACACCCAGCACACUUAGGGUAUGCAGGACAUGUGUCACUUCAUGGUACACCAAGACACAUCCCUAGAGUCCCUCCACCCAAAGGGAGUCCAAACAGCAGCCUCAGUUCCUCGCAGAGUGUAGAGGAUCUGUCUUCGCUUCGCCGGGGCCGCACCCGCCAACGUCGCUCUGCUUCAUCAUCUUCCGAUUCUUCUCCUGAUACUCGUCCUGCCUCACACUCUCAUGCCCAUUCUCGCCGUCCUCAUGCUCACCCCCCUCGCACCAAUCCCCACUGUUCUCCACGCUUGGCACCAAACCCAACGUUAAGGCAGGAACUUAGAGCCAGGUCUCGCAACGACCGUAGCAUUAGUGCAAGAAGAGGAAGAAAUAAUAGAUCUUGCGACAGAGAGGACAUCCCCCGUGGACCCACUCACUGUUAUGAGGACUCCGAAGACGAUGUAAGCGUUGUGACUAGGUCAUCAGGAGGAGCUGGUGUGGGCAGCUGGGUAAAGGAUGGGAGGCACAUUAGUCAGGAAGAAUACCAGUUGCCUCUUAAUAUAGCUCCACAAAAUAUACUGGACCAACAAGAAGAUCAAAUGAGAAUUAUAGUGGAGAGGCUAAUGAGCAUGGAGCAAGAGUUCCGCCACGAGCAAGAGAUAAUGCGAAGAGAGAUGCAUAAUAAGGAUGCUCGUAUUGAUGCUCAAGCAAAGAAGAUUGCAGCCCUGGAUUCAGCCAACACAAAACUCAUCCGCACUAUUGCUUCUCUAAGUUCACGAUCUGGAGAAAUGAAGCAAGAACUGCCUGGUGACACCACCAUUGAUUCCUGCAACGCAUCCGACACAUCCGAUUACAAAAGCUCCUCCUGUUGACUACACAACUGUAACCUUUGAUUGAAGUGUCUAAUUGUAGAAAACCUUUAUUUGAAAUAAUCCAUUGUUGGAUCACUUCAAUUUAGCAGUAAUGAGAAAACAUGUAUAUAAUGUACUGAAGUUGAUAUACUGUAAUGUUAAAAAAAGAUUUUGUGCACAGGCAAAUAUGUUGACCCAUCAAUCUGUGUGUAAAAAAAAAAAAAAUUAGUAUCCAAUAUAAAGAGCACAUUCUCUUGUGUUUCUAUACUGGGCAUUUAAGUACAAUAUUUUUUAUUCCUACUACAUGUGGUCCUCAGAAAAACAGUCUCCGUUUUGAAUAUUUACCUCGUGUGCCCUUGUUGCACAUCCUAGUCCAAUCUUUCAUACUUAUGAUCUUUCCUUUUGUUAAUAUAACUUAAAACUCUUAAGAGUAACGUCACGCUUGACAUUCCAUCACUUGUAUUAAAAUUGUAUCUUCUCAGUACACAAUGUAAAAACUAUUGUUCUCAGUUAUGUUAAGCAGUUCAAUAUGGUCUUUGUACUGCAUUACCCAAAUAUUUUCCUUAUAAAUAUACCUUCUGUGAAUGCAGAUAUUGUAUACUAAAGACAUGCAUGUAUUUUUUUAACUAAAAUAAUAUAUUACCUAAACUCGCAUUGGAUUAGAUUCAUCUUUUGAAAAACUAUUAUUAUUAUUUAGUUAAAGAUUAAAGUAACCUCAUUAUCUUACUUCUAUAUUGUCAAAGCUGUGAAUUAUGUUUUUUUUAUUUGUAAAUAGAACUACAAUAGAAAUGCUUAGUUAUCUUACUUUGUAUAGUGUAUUAAGUGUGGACACUUUGUACAGGUAUGCUUUGUUUAUAUAGUAGUUCUUUGUUAGGUAUACACGACUAAGAACACCAAAGAUUAGAUUUAUUAGUCUUCAUUUCUCAAGCUCAACGUCAGUGCAGUGCGUCCGACUCACUAUCUUAUGUACAUUAGCAUACUGUAGAUUUAUUGUAAAUAAUUAGAAAAUAUAUUUGUCCAUAUUUAGUACACAAGAAGAGACGUGUAACUUUUCCACAUUUCCUGAUCGAGAUUUUUUGAUACCCAUCAGAGUGUAUCAAAGAAAUAUAAAGUGCUUAUAAAGCACUCGUUUAUACUUGGAAAGCCAAAGGUUUAACAAGGUUGUAUAUUUCUGUAGGUCCACAUCAAAAUGUGGAUUGUGACAUUUGUACUAAACAUGUUAUAGACAAAAUAAAUUUACUGAUUAUAAAUUUAA